GUCAACUAUUGUAAAUGCAGACAUGAUAGCUAUUGUUGAGGAUGGGAAAAUUGUGGAAACAGGAACACAUAAUAACCUCUUAGAUACAAGUAUAUUCUACAACAGGCUAUUUAGCAUGCAGAGCAUCACGCAAGAUUGUCAAACUAGGUUAGAUUAAACUCAAUACCAUAUUCAUCAUUACAAUCAGACUGGUUAAUUGAUAAUGAAAUGCAUUUAAUUGAUAGGUUGGAGGCUACAAAUAGAAAAGUUCUUUCCAUACAAGAGGAUUCAUCUCAGGACCAUACGCAACCUGGUGAGCCCAAUGAAAGCAAAAGAGAGCUUAAGGAUCUUCCUGAGAAGGAGCAGAUCCGAAGAAAAGAGAGACACAUAUUUUUCAGAAUCUGGUUUGGCUUGAAUGAGAAAGAGAUCAUAAAGACUACUAUUGGCUCCUUAGCAGCAGCUUUUGCAGGCAUCUCUAAACCUGUUUUUGGGUUCUUCAUCAUAACAAUAGGAGUGGCAUAUUAUCAUCCUGAUUCAAAGGAGAAAGUAGCUCUGUAUUCAGCAAUAUUUGCUUCAAUUGGAGUGGUUUCUUUGUUUGCCCACACUUUGCAGCACUACUUAUUUGGAGUAAUUGGAGAAAAGGCCAUGACAAAUCUAAGGCAAGCUUUGUACACAGGUAUCCUACUUAUACAUUCCUGGAAGAUCAGAUCCAUCAAUCUAUGUUUCUUUUUUCUUCCAUUUUCUCUUUUCUCGAUGCAUAUUUAA